AUGUCAGGCACACUUCCGGAAGAAUCUAACAAAACUUUGCAUAGACUACAGAAGCGAAUGCGGAACAUUUUUACAAAAUCUGAAGUUUAUGUAUGUACUCAGGGAGAGCCUGCACCUUACCAUUGUGAAGAAAAAGCAUCCAUAAUGGUUGAAGGAAGUAAACCCAAUAUUUUCCUUCACACACCUCAGGAGCAUAGAAUUUCUGUGCCAGAGCCCCCUGCUGAUAUUGGGGCUACUGGUAAUACUGAGGAGACACCAUCCACCAGUGCAGCUGACACCGGAGCUCCUGGUGAUAUUGAGGAGACACCAUCCACCAGUGCAGCUGACAUCAGGGCUCCUGGUGAUAUUGAGGAGACACCAUCCACCAGUGCAGCUGACACCGGAGCUCCUGGUGAUAUUGAGGAGACACCGUCCACCAGUGCAGCUGACACCGGAGCUCCUGGUGAUAUUGAGGAGACACCGUCCACCAGUGCAGCUGACACCGGAGCUCCUGGUGAUAUUGAGGAGACACCGUCCACCAGUGCAGCUGACACCGGAGCUCCUGGUGAUAUUGAGGAGACACCAUCCACCAGUGCAGCUGACGCCGGAGCUCCUGGUGAUAUUGAGGAGACACCGUCCACCAGUGCAGCUGACGCCGGGGCUCCUGGUGAUAUUGAGGAGACACCAUCCACCGGUGCAGCUGACGCCGGAGCUCCUGGUGAUAUUGAGGAGACACCGUCCACCGGUGCAGCUGACGCCGGGGCUCCUGGUGAUAUUGAGGAGACACCAUCCACCGGUGCAGCUGACACCGGAGCUCCUGGUGAUAUUGAGGAGACACCGUCCGCCGGUGCAGCUGACACCGGAGCUCCUGGUGAUAUUGAGGAGACACCGUCCACCGGUGCAGCUGACACCGGAGCUCCUGGUGAUAUUGAGGAGACACCGUCCGCCGGUGCAGCUGACACCGGAGCUCCUGGUGAUAUUGAGGAGACACCGUCCGCCGGUGCAGCUGACGCCGGAGCUCCUGGUGAUAUUGAGGAGACACCGUCCACCGGUGCAGCUGACACCGGAGCUCCUGGUGAUAUUGAGGAGACACCGUCCACCGGUGCAGCUGACACCGGAGCUCCUGGUGAUAUUGAGGAGACACCGUCCGCCGGUGCAGCUGACGCCGGAGCUCCUGGUGAUAUUGAGGAGACACCGUCCACCAGUGCAGCUGAUGCCGGAGCUCCUGGUGAUAUUGAGGAGACACCAUCCACCAGUGCAGCUGACACCGGAGCUCCUGGUGAUAUUGAGGAGACACCGUCCGCCGGUGCAGCUGACGCCGGAGCUCCUGGUGAUAUUGAGGAGACACCAUCCACCAGUGCAGCUGAUGCCGGAGCUCCUGGUGAUAUUGAGGAGACACCAUCCACCAGUGCAGCUGACACCGGAGCUCCUGGUGAUAUUGAGGAGACACCGUCCACCAGUGCAGCUGACGCCGGAGCUCCUGCGAUGUCGUCGGAACAACUUCCGCCGGUGCUGCUGACGCCUGGGCACACGGCGACGUCGUCGGAACAACUUCCGCCGGUGCUGCUGACGUCGGAACAACUUCCGCCGGUGCUGCUGACGCCGGGGCACACGGCGACGUCGUCGAAACAACUUCCGCCGGUGCUGCUGACGUCGGAACAACUUCCGCCGGUGCUGCUGACGCCGGGGCACACGGUGACGUCGUCGAAACAACUUCCGCCGGUGCUGCUGACGCCUGGGCACACGGCGACGUCGUCGGAACAACUUCCGCCGGUGCUGCUGACGCCGGGGCACACGGCGACGUCUUCGGAACAACUUCCGCCGGUGCUGCUGACGCCGGGGCACACGGCGACGUCGUCGGAACAACUUCCGCCGGUGCUGCUGACGCCCGGGCACACGGCGACGUCUUCGGAACAACUUCCGCCGGUGCUGCUGACGCCGGGGCACACGGCGACGUCGUCGGAACAACUUCCGCCGGUGCUGCUGACGCCGGGGCACACGGCGACGUCGGCGGAACAACUUCCGCCGGUGCUGCUGACGCCGGGGCACACGGCGACGUCGUCGGAACAACUUCCGCCGGUGCUGCUGACGCCGGGGCACACGGUGACGUCUUCGGAACAACUUCCGCCGGUGCUGCUGACGCCGGGGCACACGGCGACGUCGGCGGAACAACUUCCGCCGGUGCUGCUGACGCCCGGGCACACGGCGACGUCUUCGGAACAACUUCCGCCGGUGCUGCUGACGCCGGGGCACACGGCGACGUCUUCGGAACAACUUCCGCCGGUGCUGCUGACGCAGGGGCACACGGCGACGUCUUCGGAACAACUUCCGCCGGUGCUGCUGACGCCGGGGCACACGGCGACGUCGGCGGAACAACUUCCACCGGUGCUGACGCCGGGGCACACGGUGACGUCGGCGGAACAACUUCCACCGGUGCUGACGCCGGGGCACACGGUGACGUCGGCGGAACAACUUCCACCGGUGCUGACGCCGGGGCACACGGUGACGUCGGCGGAACAACUUCCACCGGUGCUGACGCCGGGGCACACGGUGACGUCGGCGGAACAACUUCCACCGGUGCUGACGCCGGGGCACACGGUGAUGUCGGCGGAACAACUUCCACCGGUGCUGACGCCGGGGCACCCUGUGGUGUCCGCGGAACAACUUCCACCGGUGCUGCUGACACCGGGGCACAAGGUGGUGUCGACGGAACAACUUCCACCGGUGCUGCUGACAUCAGGGCUCACGGUGAUAUUAUCAGAACAACUUCCACCGGUGCUGCUGACAUCGGGGCACACGGUGAUAUCGAGCCAACUCAAUAUCAAAAAUAUAACUCAGAAACAACUAGUGACAUUGAGUUGGAUUCCAUAA